AUGAGAGAGGGUCGAAGGAACACAGAUGGGGAGGACGAAAUGCGCAACUUGGCAAAGGAUCGAAGCAACAGAAGCGGCGGCAAUUCUCAUAGACGUGGAGUACGAAGAUACGUCGAGCGUCAAAUCACAGGGAAGGCGGCUUUCAAAGGAGUUCAGAGGAGUUCAAAGUUCGGUCAAACAGAAGAGAAGCGCGAAAAGAGAAAAAGAGAAAGAGAGCAACAGACUGUUGGCCGAUGUGCAGGCCACGCCGAGGAUCACAGGAGGGGUGGUUAUACCGGCCUGCAUGCUAUCGACAAUGUGAUUCGUGCGGUUCAACACAUGGCCCAGCAGGUCGAGCGUGGUGAGGUGGCAGUCGAGGACGGAACACGCCGUUCCAACAGACAGUAA